UUUCGAGUCAUGACAUGAGCGCUACCUACGAUGUCACAAACAAGAACUUCUCUUUCUCUCGCAACUUCCUUUUCAACACAUCAAAAUGUCUAAGCGAGGACGUGGUGGUUCCGCUGGAGCUAAAUUCAGGAUUUCCCUGGGUUUGCCUGUUGGUGCUGUUAUCAACUGUGCCGAUAACACUGGCGCCAAGAACUUGUAUGUCAUUGCUGUGCAUGGCUGCGGCGGUCGCCUGAAUCGUCUGCCGGCCGCCGGUUCUGGAGACAUGAUUGUCGCUACCGUCAAGAAGGGUAAACCAGAACUUCGUAAGAAGGUUAUGCCUGCAGUGGUCAUCAGGCAGAGAAAGCCUUUCCGUAGGAAGGAUGGUGUGUUUAUAUAUUUUGAGGAUAAUGCGGGAGUCAUUGUCAACAAUAAAGGUGAGAUGAAGGGUUCUGCUAUAACUGGUCCAGUUGCUAAGGAGUGUGCUGAUCUCUGGCCCAGAAUAGCUUCAAAUGCUAGCAGUAUCGCCUGAAGAACUCUAUGGUUAAUUUAAAUAAAAAAGAUGUAAAAGGUA